AUGCUUCUAGACCAUAGCCACAAUUCGGACAGCCUCUCCGUAAAGACGCUAGACAUAAGUGGACGGAUUGCACACGAUCUUCUGUGGAGCACGGGGUCUCCAGUUCAGUCAGCCCUCUAUUCAGCCCACACUGUCCAAUGCCAGUGUAUACUGGAUCAACUUAAACCAUAUCCCAACCCCUUUUUGGCGCAGACAUAUCAAGCUAUCCUCAAGCGAAAAUAUGCAACUUCUUCUUCAGGCCAAUACCUACCUACCUUCUCCGCAAGCUUUCUCUCCAUGCAGACAUAUAACCAUGACGCCUUCGGCAAUGGCCGAAACCCCAAUCCUCCAAGUCACAACGACGUGAUCUCCCCGUCCCGUUCCGUCUCCCAGCGCCGCAGUACAGUCCUGUAA